AUGGAUAUCUGGGAGUUUGUCUACCUCACAAUGAAGGAGGUCGGUCUUGCCGGAAGCAUGCUUCGUGCUCCAAAUUACAGGGGAGUUCGAAUUUAUCAUACCAGAAGAUGCAACCGCUAUUAUGCGCUCUUUCCCGAUGGUAGUCAAUUAUAUUCCAGCACUGGUGGAAUCGGAGAAACCGAAUUCAAGAUCCCUCCCAGCGAUCAGUUGACACCAGAACGUCAAAAGCGCAUCCUUGAGCAAAUAGCACAGCGAGUUCGAAGAGAAAAUGCAUCGGUUCAGCGACUACAAAGGUACAUCCGAAGAGACGAGCGACAGAAUGCCGAAUCGUGGGCCAAACAUUUCGCUGACGCUGCUACUCCUGUCGAUUAA